AUGGGGGACAACAAGCAACAAACUAAGCGAAUUUUUAUCAACGAUGUUGACAGAUAUUCCUCCAAGCACAUCGCUAAGUUUUUAGCCUCAUGCGUGGUGACCUCUGAGGAUGAGGAAGAAGCAGAGGCAUUAGCCUCCCCUGAAGGUGAACCUGCUUUCCAUGUCGUCGGUACGGUGUCUCAUUCCUCUAAAGGUGAAAAGUGGGAUUUUCUACGGGAGAAAUAUGAGUCACCAAGCAGUGAUGAGCUCCUCCAGCACCUGCUGGAGUGUGAUGUGGUGGUGUACAACAUCUCAGAAAGUGCCACACAGCAACAGGUUGAAGAAGCAACGUGGGUGCUUGCAGCCCUUCAUAAUGAGAUGCCGAGCUUCAAGUCUCAGAAACUGUUCAUCUUAGUCUCCACUGUAAUGACGUGGGCCAUGACAACACCUCAAAACCCAGAUGAAACUGAUGUUCUGGUAUCAGAGGAACAGUUCAUAAGAAGAAGGCCUCACCCUGCUUUCAGAAACCACCACAGUUUGGAAAAACUUGUGCUAAAACUGGCUAAAGGGAAAAAGUCCAAACUUGCCGGUUAUGUUGUAGCUAGUGGCCUUCAGUAUGGAAAGGGGGAGGACCUCUUUCAUUACUUUUUCAAGGUUUCUUGGCUGAUGGAGUUUACAAAAGUUCCCAUAUUUGGACAGGGCACAAAUUACAUUCCCACGAUUCAUGUGUCUGACCUUGGAGGAGUGAUCCAGAACAUCAUUCAACUCAGACCAAGACCAAAGUACAUUGUUGCCGUUGAUAAUUCCAGGAACACUUUAGAGGAUAUUGUACAGCCAGAGGAACUGGAGUGUCUUGGCGUCAACCUCCGCCUGGAGACCUUUAUCAUAAAUGACUUUUUCAACCUAAGCUGGACGUCUGAAGCCGGGAUGGUUGAAAACAUGUAUAACAUUGUGCAGGAAUACAAAGACACCUGGCAGCUGCUUCCCAUUCGAAUCUUGCUGCUUGGACCUCCAGCUGUGGGGAAAACUACCCUUGCAGGAAAGCUCUGCCAUCAUUACCGGUUGCACCACAUCAAGCUCAAAGAGGUCCUCGAAGAGAAGAUUGCACAACUGAAGGAGAUAGUAAAUGGACCUAACCCUGAAAAUAUCAGUCAAGAGAUAAUGACUGCUGCACAGACACAACUGGGGAAUAUUCACAAAAGCAUGAAAGAAAAUCAAGGUCGACUGGUUGACCGUCUCCUUUUUGAAAUUGUGGAAGAAAAACUAAACUCAAAGCCAUGUAAGAACCAAGGCUUUGUUCUUGAUGGUUUCCCUAAGACUUAUCAGCAAGCGAAGGUGAUUUUCUCUGAUGUGAAUGUGGAUGAGGAUGCUGGGAAAGAGGAUUUGGCAUUGAUGUCCAAAGCACCAGCCUACAAACAGGCCAUCACUCCAGAGUAUGUUUUUGCCCUUGAUGCGUCAGAUGACUUCCUGACAAGGAGAGUACAAGGACUUCCAGAAAACGUGGCAGAAAAAAUGCGUUACACCCAGGAUGAAUUUGUACCUCGCCUGACAAAACACAGACAGCUCAGUGGAGCUGAGGAAACAGUGUGUGACUACUUUGAUCAGAUUGAGAUUCACCCAUUACAUAUCGAGGUCAGGACAGAUGAUCCAGAGUACACAGACAUCAUGAAGAUGAUCACACGGGUGGUGGGCCCUCCCAAGAAUUAUGGCUUGAGUCCAGAGGAGCAGGAGGAGCAGGACCGGAAAAAAGAGGAAGAGAGGAGGCAGAAACGGUCUGCAGAAGCUGCUGAGAGGAAACGCAAGAAUGCGGCUGCACUGGCUGAGAUGGCUGCUCAGUAUGAGGACUGGCAGAAAAAUUUAUCAGAGGUGAAGAGGCAAGAGAGUGAGCAGCUGGAAGUUCAAGCUCUUCCCCUGAGAAACUACCUGAUGAAGUACGUGAUGCCCUCGCUCACUGAGGCCAUGGUAAAGUGCUGCAAGAUUAAACCGGAGGACCCUGUUGACUUUUUGGCGGAAUAUCUUUUACGACAAGAAGAAUAAGAAUUGCUCCGAUGAAGGCCG